AUUAACGAUUAAUCCAUAAGCAAUUUGAAACAAUACUUGACGUCAAGAAAUGAUGGCAGUAGGACUUUUUAUAUUAAUACACAUCUUUCAAUUAGUAAAGGGAAAACAAGAAGGUUUCAUAGUCGGGGGUGCUGUGGUUCAGUCUAUAAAGAAAUUCCCUCAUGUUGCUUUUUUGAAUUUGGAAGUCCCGGACUCGAAACUACAAUUUAUAUGUGGGUCGUCUAUAUUGAAUCAAUUGAUUUUGCUUACUGCUGCGCACUGUCUGGAUGGCAUUACAAAAGGUACAGCUUCUGUGGGUAACGUGAAUAGGGAGAACGGAACGCUGUACCGUAUCGCAAGCUUCAGGCUACACGAUAAGUGGGUUACUAAUGAUUUAGUAAAUAAUAAUGACGACAUAGCGUUGUGUAAACUGAAGAAACCGCUGGUAUUAGGAUCUAACGUGAAGAGGGUGGUGCUGAUGAAGGACCCACCGAUAACGGGAACAGCUGACUUGGCUGGCUGGGGUGCAACCGACGAAAAGUCCUUUACUGAAUCAAUACAGCUUAAGCACACAAAACAGAAGCUGUGGACUCAUAAACAGUGCAGGAAAAUCUUACGUCAGCUACCCAAAGGAGCUAUUUGUGGAGGCGAAAGUGGUGCAAGACAAAAUUUUGCUUCCAAAGGGGACUCGGGCAGCGGGCUUCUAAUUGACAAUAAAAUAAUCGUUGGGCUGGUCUCGUACAAAGACGUCAGCGUGUCACGCAGUCUGGUGAUUUGCACAGAUGUACCAUACUACUACGAUUGGAUCUUAAGCACAUCGGAACGAUUAGCAUGCUCUUUUCAUUGAAUACAAGAAAUAAAAAAAUGGAAUGUC